ACUACACAAACAACGCCUGGUACAUAAACCCUACUCUUGUAUAGACAAUGUUGAAUGAUGUUUCGAUCAUGUAGACUGCCUCUGUGCUCGCAAGGGAACUCCCCUCAUCCCAUUUCGGCGCCAGAUUCCAGACUGCUUCUUCCCGACACCGACUGCUAACCCUAACACAACAUGCCAAAUGCAGUCCUCUACUCUGUCGAAGCCACGCCCAAUCGCUUGCAUGGAGUUGUACAAGCCUCGCUUUAAAGACCAAUUCUCGCUCCUUCGAUUCUUCUAUCCUACAAGUACCUCAAUCUCAAGCCACCCACCUACCCAUUUGACGUUCUCUUGCAGGCACUUCUCUCAUCAAAUCCCCUUCUCUAGCUAGCUAAUCGAUCAGCAUGAGCAACGCAAUCAUGGCCACCGACAACAGGCUGACGGACUUCCGUCUUGAUAUCUUCGGCCAAAUCCCCGCUCUCAGGAGCUAUACCAACAUCUCUGGUAUCUACUCCGUCCCUGAUGCCUCCUUCAAGCCGGCUAUUAUCGACACUCUCUCCAGAGGCCUUGAACGCCUGACCGCCAGCUUUCCCUGGGUGGCAGGUCGCGUCGUUGUCGAAGGCAGCACAGAGGGUAACACGGGGGUUUGCAAGAUCAAACUGUUUGCCAAAAUGCCACCCCUCCUGGCUGUGAGAGACUACCAGGAUGAGUCUUCGACGCUGUCCAUGGAGUGUCUGCGAGAUGCCCAGUUCCCCCUGAGCAUGCUGGACGAAUCCCUCGUCGCCCCUAUCAGCACCUUACCGGCGGAGACUGACUUUCCUAAUGGACGUCCUGUCUUCCUGGUCCAAGCUACUUUCAUCCCUGGCGGUUUAGUCCUGACCUUUGUCGGCGAGCAUCGUGCAAUGGACAUUGCCGGACAGAACCAGCUCAUCUAUCUGCUCUCCAAAGCCUGUGGUGACGAGCCAUUCUCGUCCGAAGAGCUCUCCAUCGGCAACAUGCCCCGUCACAACAUCAUCCCUCCUCUCGAGGACCACGAUGCUGAAUCCCACUUUCCAGACCACCUCCCCCCUAGCGCCCCAGCCAAACAUCAACAAGCACAAGCUCCUCCCUCCACCUGGGCCUGCUUCCACUUCUCCUCCUCCUCCCUCUCCGCCCUCAAAUCCCUCGCCAACGAAUCCCUCCUCACCUCGUACAUCUCCACCGAUGAUGCCCUCAGCGCUUUCAUCUGGCAAUCCAUCCUACGCGUCCGUGUCCCGCGCAUCCCAUCCUUCUCGGCCUUCUCCUCCUUAUCUUCCUCAUUAUCAUCCACCCUCCUCCGCGCCGUCGACCUCCGCCCCUGCCUCGCCAUCCCGCCAACCUACCCAGGCGUCCUCAUGAUGGUAACACCCGCAAGAAGCCCCCUGCACCAAAAAAUCCCUCUAGGCCACACAGCAUCCCUCCUGCGCACAAACAUCCAUCCCGACAAACUUUCCACCGCGGCACGCACCUUCGCCACCACCCUGCACCACACGCCCGAUAAGCGCAUAGUGCCGUUCGCGCCGAACAUGAACCCGUCCACGAACGUCAUGUUCAGCUCCUGGUCCAAGGUCGGGCUCUAUGCGCUCCACUUCCAUCUUGGGUUAGGGUGUCCUGAGGCUGUGCGGAGGCCGAGGCUCUUCCCUGUUGAGGGGUUGGUGUAUGCCAUGCCGAGGGACAGGGAGGGCGGGAUUGUGGUGGAGGUUUGUUUGAGGGAUGAGGAUUUGGGGAGGUUAAGGUCUGACAAGGAGUUCGGGACGUUUGCGACGUAUAUUGGAUAG